UUUUUUUUUUUGUGUAUAUAUACAUAUAUUUCUACUAGAAUGAUUAGAAAUACAGCGUCUCGAUUCGUGAAACAUGGACUUCGUCGUACAUAUAGCAGUCAACCAUCUAAUGAACAAACCAUGAAAGCAGCUCACAAUUUGGCAGAAGAAGCAUUAGCUCAAAAGACAGGUGGAGCAAGUCAACAAUUCAAGGCCACUUUACCCAAAGGCGACAAAAAACCUGCUAAAGCCGCUGGUGAAAAGGAAAAUCAUUGGAAAUCCAUUGCCAUUGGUUCUGGUGCUGUUACUGGUGCCUUGAUCGGAGGACUAUUUUAUUAUGGCCGGCCAUUCCCUGACGAAAGAGAAAAUAAGUAUGCUUCUGAAAACAUUCUUAUAGCCUCAUACCAUCGUUCUGUAGACCGAUUCCGUCAAUUCCGUCAGGAAAUGCAUCAACCCAUGUGGGACAAACUUCUUCCUGAUCCUCUACCCGAACCUUAUCGUCGUCCUUAUACUUUGGUGAUCAAUUUGGAUGAAACCUUGGUAUAUUCUACUUGGACCAAAGAACAUGGUUGGCGACAUGCGAAACGACCUGGUGUGGAUUACUUUUUAUCUUACUUGUCUCAAUUCUAUGAAAUUGUCAUUUUCACAUCUCAACCUGCUAUGAAUGCUAUGCCUAUUCUUGACAAAUUAGAUCCUUAUCAAUAUGCAAUGUAUCGACUUUACCGUGAUGGAACUCGUUACGUGGAUGGACAAUAUAUCAAGGAUUUAUCUCAUUUGAAUCGUGAUUUGAGCAAGGUGAUCAUUAUGGAUUCCAACCCUCAAGCAUUCUCUAUGCAACCUGAAAACGGUGUAGCUCUGAAGCCCUGGAAGGGUCAAGCUAAUGAUCAUGGAUUAUUGGAUUAUAUUCCUUUCUUGGAAGCUGUGGCAUUAACCAAUCCUGAAGAUAUUCGACCUGUCUUGAAGAGUUUUGGAGAUUCAUCGAUUCCAGAAGAAUGGGCUAAGCGAGAAGCAGCUAUGAAUGAACAACAUCGACAACAAUGGCUGGCGGAACAAAAAAGCAAACCUGCACAACGCAAUUUGGGUUCUUUACUCCGUGGUGGUGGUGGCGCUACUGAAUCUCAAGGACCUCCUCCUACUUACUUGGAACAAAUGCGACAACAUGUACGACAAACAUUUGCUCAGGAACAUGAACAGAUGAAGGUACAACAAGAUCAAAUGAUGAAAGAUAUGGAAAUGCAAAAGGAAAAAAUGAAAGAAAUGAAGAUGACCGUAUGGGAAUUGAUGGCCCAAGUAUCGUCGGGACAACCUUUGAUGCCACCUGGACAAGAAGUACCUCAACAACAACAACAUGAACAACCUAGUCAAUGAACAAAAAUGGAUCCUAGUUUAGUUUUAUCUCCUCCUACUUAGACUUUUUGUAUUUACAAUAAAAGAAAUCUUUUUAUCAUAAAAA